UCCAUCAAACCAGAUCCCGAUGCCGUGAAAUGGAGAAGCGAUUCAGUGGAGAGUUAUAGCACGGGCUCCGACACGAACACCGGUUCCCCAGACAUACCAUACCAUGACUUCGCGUCCCAUCCCCUAUACACCACUUAUCGCGUGUCCGACGACUACAUGGAUAUCGCAGACCCUGAUAUCAUAGACGUUUCGGCGAUCAUGACUGACAUCCAUAUACCUGAGAGACAGGAGGUGUCGGUCAUACCUAUCCAUCGACCGCUUAUGGACUAUAGAAAUCAAUUCAAUGAGUUAGAGGGCGACCGUCUGGCGGAACUCCUAUCGGCGAUGAGUAUAUUCACCGAGAGAUACAAGACUAGGCCUACGGAGGAGCUGUACUUCCCGGAAGUCUAUCGUGUGCUGAGCUAUCGGUUUGAGCACCAGUUGCGCAAAAUCAUCGAAAUGUGCAAAAACUUAAUACAUUUCAAAAGUUUCUGCGAAAACGAUAAGGUGUCGCUCAUAAAGUACGGGUUCAUUGAGCUCUACCUACUCAGGUCUCUCAAUAACUACGACUCAACGCAUAACUAUUGGACAGUCGUUAUGGAAAAUAGGCAUUCAGUUAUACUACGGCUGGAGUCCAUGCAAUACUAUCCCCGGAAUAUACACUCAUUAUACAGAAUAUUCUUUGAGAAAAUUCUCAACGACUGGAACUCGGAUACUGUAGUUUUGGAUCUGUUGACGGCAAUCAUACUGUUUAACCCCAAUCGACCUAACCUUACGCAUAGAGAUUCCGUCAAGGUCCAGCAGCAAACAUACAUGUAUUUACUGCAACGCUAUCUACUAUUGCGAUAUCGCGAUGAAACCGAGUCUCAGGCGAAAUGUCAGCGACUUUUGCGGAGUUUGUAUUAUCUGGAAGUGUUGGCCGAGAAAAAGGUGCAAAACUGUCUCGAAAUUGAUCGCAAGAUUGUGGCACAACAUCCCCUACUGUUGGAGGUGUUUGACUUGCCCACAAUGAGCCAGGACAUUAAGCCCAGCCAUCUCAUGGCUAAUAUUUUUGUGUAUUAAAUGUUAGGUGAUUAUUUAUUAGUACAUGUUUUGCGAGCAAGUCUAUUUUUAUUUAUAAAUGUAGGUACGGGGUAUAUAUUAUAGUUUUCAUAUAGUUUAAUUAGCACAUAUUGAUUUAAUAUUAUUUAGUCUAAAUAUUACCAGGGAAUCUCAAGCUUUUUCAUAAUUAUAAAUUAAAUACUUGAAUAAAAUGUUGACAC